AUGGCGGACGACGUGCGCGGAGACAUGUCCCUUGACGAAUACGAAUUUCCGGCCUCGCGCCUACGGAGAGUCAUGGGCGAUGGGGACCGUACGCCUCUCGUGCUGAUUGCUUGCGGCUCCUUCUCGCCCCUCACCUUCCUUCACCUACGCAUGUUCGAAAUGGCCGCCGACUACGCUCGCUUCAAUACGAACUUCGAAGUGGUGGGAGCCUAUCUGUCAUGUGUCGGCGACGCCUACAAGAAGACGGGAUUGGUGAAAGCGGAGCAUCGGAUCAACAUGUGCACAUUGGCCGUACAACAGUCUUCUUGGAUCAGUGUAGACCCUUGGGAGGCACUGCAUUCGGAAUACUUGGAGACCGCCAAGGUGCUGGAUCAUUUCGAGCAUGAGAUCAACGAAGUCAUAGGAGGGGUCCAGACGCCAAACGGCAGGAAGAAGUGUCGGAUUGCACUACUAGCGGGUGCAGAUCUGAUCCAGACAAUGAGUACACCAGGUGUCUGGGCCGCCAAGGAUAUCGAUUACAUUCUGGGCAAGUUUGGUGCCUUCAUCGUUGAGCGGUCGGGCACCGACAUCGACGAGGCACUGGCAACACUCCAGCAGUGGAAGGUACGUGCUUUUGCUUACUGAGCGGAGGGGCAGCAAGAGCACGCAUAUGCCUGCGUUCUGCUCGCAGCUAUCCCAUGGUGUGGCUACUGCAUGCUGACAUGACACAGGACAACAUCUGGGUCAUCCAACAGCUGGUCCAGAACGACAUCUCAUCCACCAAGAUUCGUCUGUUCCGGAGAAGAGACAUGUCUAUAAGAUAUCUCGUGCCGGAGCAGGUGGUCAACUACAUCGAAGAUCACGGUCUUUAUGAUGAUGACGGCGGAGCAUCAGAUAAGGGCAAGGUGUCGGAGAGCAAUCACGCCAGCAGCAGCAAGGCAUAG